AUGUCCCAAUACACAUAUUCUCGACUCCCGCCGAGGUCGGACACAAUUCGCAUGCUUCGCCUCCUGCCAAGCGAAGACAACACGACUCAAAUCCAAUGCCAGCUGGUCAACUACACCCUACCAAGCACAGGUACGGGAUAUCACCCAUAUGAGGCGUUAUCGUAUGUAUGGGGUAGUGAGAGCACCCCUCAGUCCAUUCGUAUUGAUGGCCAGAUUCUAUCCGUGACAAAGAACCUCUAUACUGCAUUACUGCAUCUUCGAGAGCACCAGCUUGAGCGCCUGCUCUGGAUAGAUGCGAUCUGUAUCAACCAGGAAGACGAGGAGGAAAAGUCCCAGCAAAUUCAGUUCAUACCGACGAUAUAUGAUCAGGCGAGCCAUGUCAUUGUUUGGCUCGGAGAAACAGCUGAUCAGAGUGAUAAAGCCCUUGAAGUAAUUCGUCUUGCUGGCGAUGACGAUACUCGCAGUCGCUGGCGUAGAAUCAUGGGGAAGGAAAUACGUCGACAAACCACUCGGCCAAAAGGAUAUAUCCCCGAUCAGGAUGACGAGAUCUAUUCAGCCGUUGAGAGGCUACUAGAACGACCUUGGUUUCGGCGCAUUUGGGUGCUCCAGGAGGUUCACGCUGCGCGAUCUAUUCUGGUUAUGUGUGGCCACGAUAAGAUCAAUGGCUAUUCCUUUUGGUUGGGCUUGAGCCUUUUUAGAUUAUAUAUGGACAAACCCAAUUUACAGAGCCUGGUUGGUUCGAUUACACAUCUUCUAAGGGGCUCGAUCUUCCGAUCUGAAUAUACUACACGUCCGCGUGGAACACUCACUCUAGGCGAAUUGAUUGACAUGUAUCAUACCCGAGCGGCGACCAAGAAGCACGAUAAAGUGUACGCAUUGCUUGGCAUGAGUUCCGACACCCCUCUGGUACCUGAUUAUAAGCUUCCAUGGGACAGCGUGUUCCAGCAGGUCAUCACUUAUACUUUCUCAGGAAAAGGAUCUGUGCAAAUCUGGCCCCACUGUGAUUUGGCUCUGAUUCGAACCAGGGGCUAUAUACUGGGUGAAGUAUACAGGGUGGAAAGUGAUACAAAUCGAUAUGACAGACAACGGGUGUUCAUCGAGAAUUUUGCGCUACGGGCGAAUUCCUGGGAGUAUCGCCCAUUGCUUCUGGGCGCAGCAAUCGAUGUAUGGACACUCCAUGUUUCAGCAAAGCCUGUUCAGGAUGGUGACAUUAUGUGUCUUUUGGAGGGAGCUUCAAAGCCGAGUAUCAUCAGGUUUUACAAUGGCUAUCUCGUUUUUAUCAUAGUCCACGCUACUCCUCUGCAUGAGUGGGAAUGUGAGAUUAAGAAUUGGCAUGAGGCGUUCGAGGCUCUGCGUUCAAAGAACAGCCCCAUCCGCGAUAUGUCUCUCAUCUGGGAGUGGGCAUAUUCAGGGAACCUGGAUGGAUGA